UUCAUGCGCCAUUACAAAGCAAUAAGAAAUCUAGAGUUGUGCCAUCCGACGCUAGCGGCCGCAUAGUCCGCCUCCCAUCCAAGUUCUAAGCUAUCUCGAACGCCGAGUGAUCAUGUUACAACUACAAUCGCAUAAUGCUUUCAGUACAAAUGGGGCCAUGAACUCACGAUCAUCUUCCUUUUCUGUGCCAUCAGCGCGCCUUUAUCAACGUCCCUCUUUUUCUCAUCGUCUAUCCUUUGCCGUCUCAAGUGCCGAACAAGGCGAGGCUACCAAUGCGCCUAAUGUCGCAGAACGCCAGAUAGAUGAGGAAAUUGAGGAAAUCAAGCGUUAUGAGGUAUAUUACUACCCUUGGCUUUUUUAUUUUGCAGCUGGAAUAUUUCCGCUAAUCAUAUUUGGCAGGAUUUCACAACUAUAGGUAGUAACCCUCCUUUAUCCGAUUUGCGACAACCAAGUUGACACCUCUCAAAGAUUGGGUUCAGGAUGCGGCGAAAGAACAGAUACGGAGGAAGAUUCAGAAGGAGCAAACCGCUGGGUUUUUCGAAAGUGGUGGACGUGCUGGAUGGAGGUAUAAGUUAUGGGAAUCUUAUGAUGCGGCGCAAGCUUGGAUUGUGGUUACUCUCAUAGGUACGGGAUGACAUAUUUGCAAUGAUGGGAGACAUGCUGAUGCGAAAUGGUUAGGAGCUGCAAUUGGUGUUAAUGCGGCGUUUUUGAAUAUAAUUACGGAAUGGCUUUCGGAUAUUAAGCUCGGAUAUUGCAAGACUGGAUUUUACCUUAAUGAGAGCUUUUGUUGCUGGGGAGAAGAUACUGGCAUGUAUCUGAGCACUGAUGAGAGGUAUGAUGCUAAUUGAGAGUAGGAUGUGAUGACUGGCAUAGAUGGAGCUCUUUCGCACCAGUUAAUUAUGUGAUAUACACUUUAUUUGCUGUAGGUGUUACCCCGCGUGUGGCGAUGUUUACACUGACAUUUUUAGACGAUAUUCGCAUUGACUUCAGCGAGUCUAGUAAGAUCGUUUGCUCCUUAUGCAGCUGGAUCCGGAAUUUCUGAAAUAAAAUGCAUCAUUGCCGGAUUUGUUAUGAAGGGAUUUCUUGGAUUCUGGACUUUAAUCAUCAAAUCAGUUGCCCUUCCUUUGGCAAUUGGAUCUGGUCUAUCAGUAGGGAAAGAAGGACCAAGCGUUCAUUAUGCAGUAUGUACCGGCAAUGUCAUUUCUAGGCUCUUCGAAAAGUAUAAACGGAAUGCCUCUAAAACUCGCGAAAUCCUCAGCGCUUGUGCGGCAGCCGGUGUUGCGGUAGCAUUUGGUAGUCCUAUCGGAGGUGUUUUGUUUUCCCUCGAGGAAAUGUCCUCAUACUUUCCCUUGAAGACCAUGUGGCGAAGUUAUUUUUGCGCAUUGGUUGCCACGGCUGUUCUUGCAGCAAUGAACCCAUUCAGAACCGGUCAACUUGUCAUGUUUCAAGUUCACUAUGAUCGUGAAUGGCAUUUCUUCGAGGUAGUUUUCUAUAUCGUACUAGGGAUAUUUGGUGGACUCUAUGGUGCGUUUAUGAUUAAGUGGAAUUUGAGAGCGCAAGCAUUUCGAAAGAAAUAUCUCGCCGAAUAUGCAAUACUCGAGGCGACCUUACUGGCGGCUGGAACCGCUCUAAUUUGCUAUCCAAAUAUGUUUCUACGAAUCGAUAUGACCGAAAGUAUGGAGAUUUUGUUCUUGGAAUGUGAAGGUGCGGAAGAUUACAAUGGUCUUUGUGAUAAGGAGAAUCGAUGGAAGAUGAUUUUUUCUUUGACUUUGGCAACGAUCAUUCGAAUGUUUCUCGUAAUCGUCUCAUAUGGCUGUAAAGUUCCAGCUGGAAUAUUCGUCCCAUCUAUGGCUAUUGGUGCAUCCUUUGGUCGUACUAUUGGUAUUCUCGUCCAAGCUAUUCACGAAGCUUAUCCCGCAUCUGUAUUUUUUGCUUCCUGUCAACCGGAUAUACCCUGUAUCACACCAGGAACAUAUGCAUUUCUUGGUGCAGCAGCAGCCUUGAGUGGUAUCAUGCAUAUCACUGUAUCCGUCGUCGUUAUUAUGUUCGAGCUUACCGGUGCCACGACCUACAUUCUCCCAACUAUGAUUGUUGUCGGAGUAACGAAAGCUGUUUCAGAAUUCUUUGGAAAAGGUGGUAUAGCGGAUCGAAUGAUUUGGUUCAACGGAUUUCCUUUCCUGGACAAUAAGGAGGAGCAUACUUUUGGCGUACCAGUAUCUAAGGUCAUGACGGCCGAUGUGGUUGUUUUACCAACAACAGGUUAUACAAUGAGGCAUUUAGAAAAAUUGCUUCUCGAGGACCGAUAUCAAGGAUUUCCGAUUGUAGAGGAUCGGGUGUCUAAGGUUCUGGUCGGAUAUAUCGGCCGCACCGAAUUACGCUAUGCAAUUGAUCGGGUUAAAAGGGAUAGAACCAUCUCUCCUUCAGCAAAAUGCUAUUUCUCGCCCUCGAAUAAUAUUUCAACUCAUGAUCCCAUCACGCCUACUACGCCGGCAGGUCCUACAAAAUUUGAAGGUAUGGCAUCAUCAUCUGUGGACUUUAGUCGAUUCAUAGAUUCCACCCCCGUUAGUGUUCAUCCUCGAUUACCAUUAGAAACAGUUAUGGAAUUAUUCCAGAAGAUUGGACCUCGAGUAAUUUUAAUCGAAUACCAUGGGAAACUAGAAGGCCUGGUAACAAUUAAAGAUGUCUUAAAAUACCAAUUCAAAGUGGAAGCCAAUGAAGGAUUCAGAGAAGAAAGAGAUCGACCUUUGUCGAACAGCGAAGAAAGGCUUUGGUAUUUGAUGAGAAGUGUGGGAUCUUGGGUUGGGAAUAAAGUACAUAGUGCCAGUGGUGGAAGAAUUAGACUUGCUAGUGGAGAGACGAUAGGAAGGAGAGGAAGCCCAAGGUUUCCUCAAGAUGAUGGAAUUGGACAUAUAGUGGAUGGAACGGAAGAUAUAUUUAAUGAUGGAGUUGAGCUAGAGGAUCGAUAGAUAAACGGGGAAAAGAAAGAUUUGUAAAUGAAUAUAUAUACCUAGUUAUCAUGGGGAAAUGGAUGUUCCACGAAUUUGGUGAUGUGGCC